CACGUGUCAAAUCUUCACCUCUAUUUAUACACAUACGCGGCGCAACGUUUUCUCCACGCUUUUCUUGCUCACUCACUCUCUCUCUCUCUCUCUCUCUCUCUCUCUCUCAUCGCUGAUAAUUUUUUAUUUCCAGAAAAUUAGGCUCUAAUCAGUUUCUGGGAGAAAGAUUGAUUUUUUCUUUUAUUUCAUUUUUUUCUACCCUAACAAGAACUUCUGCGCAUGGCUGCCGGUGAUCUCUCUGUGAUCUUGCCACGUGUUCUUAUUGUUUCCAGACGAAGCGUUCGUAAGAACAAAUUCGUCGAUUUUGUAGGCGAAUACCAUCUAGAUCUGAUCGUAAACUAUGGAGCGGUCCCUGUGAUCGUGCCACGUGUCACCGGCGUCCACAUGAUGCUGGAGAGCUUCGAGCCGAUCCACGGCGUCCUCCUCUGCGAAGGCGAGGAUAUAGACCCAUCGCAUUACGAAUCCGACAUCGCGAAUCUCUCCGCCGACGAGCUGGAAGAGAUCCGCCGCCUCCACGCCAGCGACACCGCCGUGGACAGAGAAAAGGACGCAAUCGAGUUAGGGCUCGCGAAGCUCUGCCUCGAGAGGAAUAUUCCCUAUCUCGGAAUAUGCCGCGGCUCGCAGAUCCUAAACGUGGCCUGCGGCGGCACGCUGUACCAGGACGUCGGCAAAGAGCUCGAGAAGCACGUGCCGGAGAAUCAGAGGGUGGUGCACAUGGAUUACGACAAUUACGACGGGCAUCGGCAUCCGGUGCGAAUUGUCGAGAAUACCCCUCUUGAGCAGUGGUUUAGUGACUCUUUGGACGGUGGGAGGAAGGACAUUUUGGUAAAUAGCUAUCACCAUCAAGGGGUGAAGAGAUUGGCUCAGAGAUUUGUGCCUAUGGCUUUUGCUGCAGAUGGUUUGAUUGAGGGUUUUUAUGACCCGGAUGCUUAUAACCCGGAAGAAGGGAAGUUCAUAAUGGGGCUCCAGUUUCAUCCCGAGAGGAUGAGGCAUCAAGAUUCCGAUGAAUUCGAUUACCCCGGAUGCCCUUUUGCUUAUAAGGAGUUUGCAAAAGCAGUGAUUGCGUAUCAGAAGAAGCUUAAUAACAGCUUGACAAGUGUGCCAAAGCUUCUAAAGCUUGAUGGUGAGAUGGAGAGGAAGAGAAAAAUUAUAAUCAGAAGCUUUUCGCUUGCAAGAAACAUAUACGAGGGAGGAAACGGGAACAAUCCUUCUAAAGAAUCCGAACUCGAGGCCGGAGCAGAGUUUCUUGAGUCAAAUACGGCAUUGAGCCUGCAACAAGAGACGAGAUUAAAGCAGAUGGGUGCAACGGUGAGGAAUGCUUCUUCUUACAUGGAGAAAUUGAGGAUGAACGAGAAGAGAGAGAAUUUAGCGAGAAAUGUGAUGAAUAAAAUGUCGGUCGAACAGUUAUCCGAUCUUAUGUCUUUCUACCACAUGAUGGGUCAGAUUUGUUCGGAGGUGUUGGAAAGAAAGCUUACCGGCAUUGUCAAUGAACUCACAUCCUAAUAUAUAUAUAUAUAUACACACACAAAUGUUUGGUCCCCAUGCUUUGUAUUUUGCGUGUUCCGUUGAUAUAUUUAUUAUGUAUUUGGUAGCCGGUCGCAAGAAAGGCGGAUAGUUUUAUAUAGACGAUGUUUAUAUAGGUUCGGAAAAAAUUGAAGUUCUUUUGUAUUGAAAAGCCAUUACCCUGCAUUUUAAUGAAAAUCUAAAUUUCUAUUU